AUGAUAGGCAAAGUGGAUGCUGGAAGAAGCCCAGUGCAUUGGGAGGAAGUGGAGAGAUCAGACAGGGAAGAUUUAGAAGCAACUACCUCCUUCCAGUCCCACAGGGAGGGGAAAAGGGAGGCUUCUUUUUCUCAGUUUGCUGUGAAACUUGGUCUUUACAAGUCUGUUUGCAAAGCUUCUCGAGGACAAGUGUCGUCGUGUCUUAGUCAUUUCUAUAAUCCAGAGCUGGGCACUGUCAUGGAUGAUAUCUCCCCUUAUGAAGACUGCAUCCCUUCCCUUUGUACCCUCAAUUUAGCAUUCAAAGCCCUCCACAAUCUGGUUUUAUAUAAGUCAGGUGUGGAAAUUGGCGAAAGUGUACGUGGAGAGGAUGUCUACAUUGUUCAGAGUGGUUGUGGUGAAAUCAAUGACAAUCUGAUGGAGCUUUUGAUCAUGAUUAAUGCCUGCAAGAUUGCUUCAGCCAGCCGGGUUACUGCAGUCAUCCCAUGCUUUCCUUAUGCCCGGCAGGAUAAGAAAGAUAAGAGCCGGGCUCCAAUCUCAGCCAAGCUUGUUGCAAACAUGCUAUCUGUGGCAGGGGCAGAUCAUACUGUCACCAUGGACCUACAUGCCUCUCAAAUUCAGGGCUUUUUUGAUAUUCCAGUGGAUAAUUUGUAUGCAGAGCCAGCGGUUCUGAAGUGGAUAAGGGAGAAUAUCUCUGAGUGGAGGAACUGCACUAUUGUCUCACCUGAUGCUGGUGGAGCUAAGAGAGUGACCUCCAUUGCAGACCGGUUGAAUGUGGAUUUUGCCUUGAUUCACAAAGAACGGAAGAAGGCAAACGAAGUGGACCGCAUGGUGCUAGUGGGAGAUGUGAAGGAUCGGGUGGCUAUCCUUGUGGAUGACAUGGCUGACACUUGUGGCACAAUCUGCCAUGCAGCUGACAAACUUCUCUCAGCUGGAGCUACUAGAGUUUAUGCUAUCUUAACUCAUGGAAUCUUCUCUGGUCCAGCCAUCUCUCGUAUCAACAAUGCAUGCUUUGAAGCUGUAGUAGUCACCAAUACCAUACCUCAGGAGGACAAGAUGAAACAUUGUUCUAAAAUACAGGUUAUCGACAUCUCCAUGAUCCUGGCAGAAGCCAUCAGGAGAACCCACAAUGGGGAAUCUGUUUCCUACCUGUUCAGCCAUGUCCCUUUAUAAUAGAGUAACUUCUGAGGCUUUUUAAAAAUAAAAUCAACCUCAUCCCUUGUUUUCCCUUGGUAUUUGAUGACAAAUUCAGCAGAAGACCCAGCUUGCUCCAGUGUAGCUUUCUACAUCCCACAUCAGGUAUAUUAGAAUUUAUCCUAAAUUAAGGAAAGUCAGAUUGAAGACUGCUGGGAAAUCCUACCUGCAUUGUCUCAUUCUGGCUUCCUUGAUGAUUUUGUGAGCCUUGCAGCUUUAACUAUACAACUCAGCUGCUGCAAGAUUUCAGAUUUUUGAAGGUGUUGUGUAGGGGUGUUUGAAAGUGAUUUAGGAAGCUCAGACUGCUUUGCAUGUGAAUGCUUCAGGGUUUUCUUUGUUCCUAACAGCUAGCAACAAAGCCAACCCAUGUAUGUGAGAGCUUCUCUAAGGUCUAUGCUAAAUUAUAGCAGGAGCCCUGGGCAGCCCCAAACCUAGUCCUGUUAGCUGAGUACCCUGUAAGGUAGGAGCAAGCAUCUCAGCUUGAAUAGGUACUGGGAGGGGGGUUUGAUGAGGGAGGGGGGGGGAGAAUGAUUUAGCACAGCUCAACAAAUGUUUCUUGGGAGGAAGAAGCCUGAUCCAUCGCCAUCUGCUCGACCUAUGUAGCUUCGAUUCUCCUUUGUACCUAUUCCUUUUGAUUUGGCUUUACCUUCAGCCGUCUUGACCUUUUCCCGGCCAGAUAUCUUCUUGAGUCCAAAUGAUCAUUAUCCCAGUGUUCUGGAAAGCAAACUCGCUUCCUGCUGUAUAAUCAUUAACAUUCACUUUAGGUGAUUUGCUGUAGCUUAAUCUUCCUUAGCCUACUACCACUGUGGUAUUAGGUUUGGUGGUAUUGUAGUGCCUUUUGAUUAAUUUAAGUAUUUAAUUUUCAUUUUCCUCCCUUGGAUCUGUUAGGCCUCUCAAAUGACCUGAGAUUUUUGUUAAAAAGAUUGAUGUUAUUGUCUCUUGUAGAGGAAACUAAUAAAAGUGUAUGUGUGUGA